AUGACAACGUCGAGCUCCAAAGAUCAAUCAACUCCAUGUUCGCCUGGUAUCAUGACUCUGCGUUCACAAUCGUCUACCUGUCGGAUGUGCUGCCUUCGUCUAAGUCUGGCGCAAUGGCGAAAAGCAUUUGGAACACCCGAGGAAUGGACUGUCCCGGAAUUCCUCGCCUCUAAAGUCAUCCGCUUCUACCAACAGGAUUGGACGUUAUAUCUUUACGACCACUCCCCCAACCACAAGGAGUCUGUCAAGAUCAUGGAGGAGUUGGAGGAUGCGACGGGCAUAGAUGCACGCACCUUCGUCGCCUUCGAACCGGAGAUGAAAGACGCACGAGAAAAACUACGAUGGGCAUCAACGCGUGUCACCACGGUGCAGGAAGACAUCGCGUACUCGGUCGUUCGGCAUCUUCGGCAUCCAGCUACCUAUCCUCUAUGUCGGGUGACAUCACGGCCCUGGACUGGGUCGGAAAAUCUUCCGAGUUUAACAGCCUGUCUGCCAGACGAUAUUUCCUCAUACGAAGCUCCGCCAUGCGCGCCCCCAUUCCUUUCAGAAGAUGAGAUUCAGACAUCGGUCUCAUCGCUACGAAAUGCCGUCGUUGUGGAGUCGGCUUUAAAUUUAUAUUCCCUACUUGUCAAGAUGAGCCCUCCUCUCAGACGGCGUGGUCAAGCCCAGGGCCCGUACUUCACGUAUGAAGUUAAGGCAGAUGGGCUUCAUGACCUGCAGAUCACCACCGAGGACAGGCUUAUUCAGUUCUCGCGGGCAAGGCCCGCUCGGCAAACAUUCGUGCUCAGCGAGGAAGACUGGUCCGAGCCCGGGUCUCCGUCACAUGAUUCCUCCGGCGUGUCUCCUGGAGAAAACGACCCGCCUUUCGGCGCAUUUUUACUGGCACAGCAACGUGGCGGAGAAUACAGGAGAAUCGUCUCAGAUUGUGAUAUCAUUGCACAAGUCAAUGACAUGGCUUCUGUUCAUGGCACGAUGGAUGUGAGGACACUAGAGAUUCUUAGCUAA